UUAUUUUUUUUGAAAAUAUAUUUCAAGUAGUCGCUUCCACAGAACGUUUUGUUUUGAUAUUUUGAAUUAGUAGUUGUGAGAUAUGUUUCGUGUCCGUCCCGCUGUCUCCCAGAAACUUUAGGGGACGCGAAAAUGUCCCGUUUUGGGAGAUAAUGAGCCUAAAUGUCCCACAUUAUCAAAAUUAAUACCUGUGUUGCAUUUGAUGAGGAUGCUGAGGGAAGAAAGACCACAAUCAUCCGACAGUGUGGGAAGGUUAAAAUGUUGGAGGAUAAAAUUUGGAAUUUGGAAGAUCUUGAUUUUGACCAAUCAUUUGACGUUCAUGUUGGGAUUGCUCACACUCGCUGGGCUACACACGGUGCACCAAGUCAGUUGAACAGUCACCCUCAUCGCUCUGAUGAAACUAUUGAAUUUUCUGUUGUUCAUAAUGGAAUAAUAACCAACUAUAGUGACAUCAAGCAAUUCCUGCUGAAGAAAGGAUACAAAUUUGAAUCUGAAACUGACACUGAGGUAAUAGCCAAAUUGAUUAAGCACAUUCAUGAUAACCACCCAGAUCUGUCAUUUAGGGAACUUGUGGAACAGGUUGUUCAGCAACUGGAAGGGGCAUUUGCUUUGGCAUUGAAGAGUGUAAAGUAUCCAGGACAGUGUGUGGUAGCCAGGCGUGGAAGUUCUCUGGUUGUGGGAAUUAAAAGUAAAACUCAUCUGGCAACGGACUACAUUCCUGUUCUCUUCAGCAAGGACACCACAGGAAAAAGUUCUACAGAGUCUGAGAAAAAGAAGAAACCAGAGGGUGACCCCAAGGACAGAGAAGAUCAUCGUCCGUGUCAUUCGUCAACCAUUCCAAACAGUACAGCUAGCUUGAAGCGAUCAGAGUCCACAACUGAGUUUUGUCCGAUGGGUGAAGAUAAAGAAGUGGAAUAUUUCUUUGCAUCAGAUGCCAGUGCUAUAAUUGAACACACAAAUCGUGUGAUAUUUCUUGAGGAUGAUGAUGUGGCAGCAGUGUCAGAUGGCAAUUUGACUAUUCAUAGACUAAAACGUACACUUGAUGAUACAACUGGUAGAGAGAUCAUUACACUGAAGAUGGAAAUCCAGCAGAUAAUGAAAGGUAACUACAGUUCCUUCAUGCAGAAAGAAAUAUUUGAGCAGUCUGAGUCAGUAAUCAACACUAUGAGAGGAAGGGUCAAUUUUGAGAGAGAGACUGUAGUUCUGGGAGGCAUCAAGGAUUACAUUCCUGAGAUGAAACGCUGUCGACGACUGUUACUGAUAGGUUGUGGAACCAGUUUCCAUAGUGCCAUUGCUACUCGUCAAGUUUUGGAAGAACUCACUGAACUUCCAGUAAUGGUAGAGCUUGCUAGUGACUUUCUGGAUCGCAACACUCCAAUUUUUCGAGAUGAUGUAUGUUUUUUUAUAUCACAGUCAGGAGAAACAGCUGAUACUCUGAUGGCCUUAAGAUAUUGUAAGAUGCGAGGUGCUCUGAUUGUUGGUGUGACAAACACAGUUGGAAGCAGUAUUUGUCGAGAGAGUCACUGUGGUGUCCAUAUUAAUGCAGGUCCCGAGAUUGGUGUGGCUAGUACCAAGGCCUACACCAGCCAAUUUAUUUCUCUAGUAAUGUUUUCGCUAAUGAUGUGUGAAGACAGAAUUUCCAUGCAGCCCCGACGAAGUGAAAUCAUCCAAGGCUUGAAAACUCUUCCAGAGCAAAUUGAGGAGGUGUUGAAGCUUGAUGAAAAAGUACAUGAACUUUCAAAAACCAUGUACGAUAAAAAAUCACUACUGGUAAUGGGAAGAGGAUACAAUUCAGCCACAUGCAUGGAAGGAGCUUUGAAAAUUAAAGAACUGACUUACCUUCACUCGGAAGGAAUUUUGUCUGGAGAGUUAAAGCACGGCCCUCUGGCUCUGGUUGAUCAAAAUAUGCCAGUCGUCAUGGUUGUCACACGAGAUCCUGUUUAUCCAAAAUGUAUGAAUGCUCUUCAGCAGGUAACUGCCAGAGAUGGCCGGCCAGUUAUCAUCUGUGAGAAAGGGGAUGCAGAGACCAAGAAGCAUGCCUAUAACACGCUUGAGGUGCCUCACACUGUCGACUGUCUUCAGGGAAUCCUUACCGUUAUUCCAUUGCAGCUUCUUUCUUACCACAUUGCUGUACUCAGAGGAUGUAAUGUUGACUGUCCCAGAAAUUUGGCAAAGUCUGUGACUGUUGAGUAAAUUGAAAACUUACUGCACAAUCUUACAGUUGUGUUUAUUCAUGAUACAAAUGAUUUACACACACGUAAAUAUAUAUAUAUAUAAAAUGUAAUUGAAGAGGAAUUUCUUUAUUUUUUUCUCCUGCUUUUGUACAGUUUUGGGGUAUAAAUUACUCAAAGAAUUACAUUUUAUAUGAUUUUGUUUAUAUCUUCUGAGGCCUCUUCUUCUUCCAAAUGCAUUUCCUGAUUUAAUUUUCAUAUUAUGUCUGUACUUCUCUAGAUUUUAUUUCAUUGUAAGUUUUGAAGUGUCAGCAUAACAUUAACAAAAUAUUGAUGACGGUUUGGUCACUUAACUCCGAGUUUUGUACAUUUAUUAAUAGAAAAGGAUUUUGAGCUUCUUAAGAAUUUGAUAGUGAGUACAUAUAACAACGAAAAUUAUUACAUGAAAUUGAUUUAAAAAAAAAAA